CAACGUGGUUGUCAAACAGGAGGCCAGCCUCACUCAUCGCGGGGCUUAUGUUAGGCCUAAAUCAAAAUCGGUGUUUUCGUUUAGAGAUAGGACCAAUUUGACAAAGAUGGACUGGAAACCGUUCCUGUACGGAGGUUUUGCCUCAAUGUCAGCAGAAUUAGCAACCUUCCCAAUUGAUACCACAAAGACAAGGCUACAGGUUCAGGGGCAGGUAAUCAAUACAUCACUUUCUGAGUUACGUUAUCGUGGUAUGCUUCAUGCAAUGUACAAAAUUAGCAAAGAAGAAGGCAUAAGAAGUUUAUAUAAUGGACUAGCUCCAGCACUACUACGUCAAGCUACUUAUGGAACAAUAAAAAUAGGACUUUACCAUGGCAUUAAGGGUAUGCUUGUACAGAAUCCCGAAGAAGAGACAUUGCUAUAUAAUAUGGUUGCUGGUAUUGGUGCAGGAGCAAUAUCGUCAUCGCUGUGCAAUCCAACAGAUGUCUUGAAAGUUCGGCUGCAAGCAAAUACCCAGGGAACAAUAGAUGUACAGAAGGGAAUGUUAUCAAUGUUUGCUGAUAUUUAUCGUAAAGAAGGGCUCAGAGGGCUUUAUAGGGGAGUUGGACCAACUGCUCAGAGAGCAUCUGUCAUAGCAGGGGUUGAGCUUCCAGUUUAUGACUGGUCCAAAAAAAAGAUAAUCGACCUUGGCUUACUUGGAGAUAACGCAUGGAAUCAUUUUACAGCAAGUAUAGUGGCUGGUUUGGCAGGAGCUAUAGCUUCAAACCCAAUUGACGUUGUGAAGACUAGAAUGAUGAACCAGAGAAAACUGAAAAGUGGAAGCCAGUCCAGCUCAAAUGGAGUUAUAUAUAAAAAUUCAUUAGAUUGUUUUGUACGGACUGCAAAGACAGAGGGUUUUAUGGCUCUAUAUAAAGGAUUUAUACCAACAUUUGUACGCUUAUGUCCAUGGAAUAUUGUCUUUUUCAUGUCAUUCGAGCAAUACAAAAAGCUUGGUGCUAAUCUACUGAUCUGAAUCCAGGUUGUUGCGUCACAUAAGCCCAAAACUGUCACCAAGAUCGCAGUGGCUAGAUUGGUAGCCUGUAUCCGAAGUAGCUUUUCUUUAUGAAUAUCAAGCAGCAUUCCAUUAUAAAGGAUUAUUACUGCAGGCAAAGACAGAUUUAUGGCAGCCCGGAACAGCAUACGUUUUAGAAAUAAAUUUCUUAUUUGUGAUCCCUUUGAGGUUUUAUCAAUGCAAUGUUAUUUAUUUUUUUGAAAGCAUGGUUUAAAUGUGUAUCGUCAGUGAUUUUUGUGAUUCGUAAAACGAAUUUGUUUUUUAGCUAUUGUUUAUAUUUGAAGAAAACAUCGGCUAUAUUUGUUUGUUUAGUUCUUUUACUCGUACAAUCGUUUUUCUGUGCAGAAUAGCUCUUAAACAUAGAUUCAAUGCAGAAUAUACAAGCUUACAGUCGAGAGCUAUUGAGCAAACACAUUUGAAUUUAUCAAAUACCGUGUUUUCGAGAUUCUGAUAUCUCUUAUCGGUAUAGUUAACGCGUGUCUAACGAAGUAACUUUAAGCGCAGUUGAAAAUUUUGUCUCAGAGGUACUCUCUUAGUUAUCUUGUAAAUGUUAAUUAUCUAGAAUAGAAAUUGUUAGAGGAAUUAUUAUGAAUGAGUUUUCAAAAAAAUGGAUUUUUCUACGAAAAUCUUCUUUUAAACAAAUCGAGGCUCAUUUUACAGGGUUACAGGGAAAAAGUAGUUUGUAUUUUCUAAUGUAUAACUGGUGCCAAGAUAUCAUCGAGAAUUGUUGGGAAUGGGUGAAAUGCGAUGAGCCCCAGAGCCCAUGUACAUUUGAAUAGCUUUA